AUGAAAAUCAAUAAGAACAUAAAGAAAACUAAUAAACAGACAGAUUUUAGAACUGAAAUCAACAAAAAUAUUGGGAAGUCUGGAAUUGUUGGUAAAAAAUCAUAUAUAGAAAAAGAAUGUUUUUCUAGUGUUCCAGACAUUCAGACAAAUGUAAUGGCUUAUACUUCACAAUCAAGUUGUUAUCUUCCUAGACAUUUAUUUACACGUUCAUUUAAAAAUCAAACAUAUACAAGAUGUGGAUUAUGUUUAGAAAUUACUGGUCCAUCAUUAUUAACUACUACAUGUACUGUUGUAGGAUCUACUUAUAUGAAUGCAACAACUCCAUUUGAAAAAGAUUCAUAUUUAAGAACUAUUUUUGUUGAUGAACAUUUAUUUGAAUAUUUAUCAGGUUUUGAACCAAAUAUUGCAGAAAGUAUGGUAAUACCUAUUGUUGCAAGACUAACAAGUUGUUUAUUAAAAACAUUUCCAGCAGUAGUAAUUUCAAAUAUUAUUAAAAAUUCACCUACAAAACAUACUGCUGAAGUUUGUGUUUUUAAUGGAAAUGCAAUUCUUCAAAAAAUUAGAAUUAUGGGAAAUACAAAUAAACAAGAUUUAACUUCAUUAUUAUUUAAUAUUCCAUUCAAUCCUCAAACUGAUUUAAAUAAGACACAUGAAAUGAAAAUUUUUGAUUAUUUAGGACAAAGUGUUCUUCUGAAUUUUAAAUUUGAACUUCAAACAAUUCAAUCAACACAAACUCAUUUUGGUGAUUUAAUUAAACCUACAAAAUGUUAUUUAAGACCAGAAGAAAUGAUUAUUUCUGAUCAUUUUACAUCAUCCGAUCCUUAUUUUCAAUGGACUGUACAUGUUCAUAAUCCAAAGAAUUUUAGUGACUUUUUUCAACUUAAUAAAACAAACCCAACAUUCUCUUUCUUUAAUGAAACAUUAGUGUCAAUCACUUUUCCUUUCCCAUUAAAGAUUUCUCAUCAUUAUACCGUAUUAUUCCAACAAUAUACAAUGGAUCAUCCUUUUAUAAAAACUCCUACAUUAAAAGCUAUGUAUUUUAUUGAUGAUUUAACUAAUGCAAAAGAAGUACAUUGUAUAAAUGAUUUUGAAAGAGAAACAACGGUAAAACGUAUUAAUGAAAAAGUUCAAUAUUCAACAAAAACUGGGAUUAAAAUUGCUAAAUGUAAUGGUUAUGUAAAUGUUGCUUCUGGUUAUUUUAUUACUGGUGUUCAAACAGAAAUGACAAUUGACUCAAUGUAUUUUACUCCUUUUAGCACAUUAAAUUAUACAAAAUGUCCAACUUCUUCAUAUUAUUGUCAACCAACAGAUGAAUGUGAUCCAACAAAUUCAACAAUAGACUCUGAUGAUGGUAAAGUAAUUACGUACCCAGAAGGCUGUCAUCCUUAUUGUGGAACAUGUCUUAGAGGAUUUAAAUGUAAUAAAGCAGCUCGUUGUGUAAAACCAAAGUCUAAAAAUACACGAAGUUUUUCAAACAGAAUAAUGGUGGUAAUGAUUACAACACUUCUUUUAUUGAUUUUUUAA